AACCUCGAGUAACUGGUGGAGAGAUAGUUUUAGCUAAGAACGCUAGAAUGCAAGUAAGAAUUUACGAAUUGCAACAAAGAAUUAUUGCUUUGAAUACUGAUAGAAACGAAUUGAUUCGUGAAAACACGCUUUUAAGAAAUAGAAAUGAGGAACUUGUAACUGAAAAGAAUCAAUUUGAAACUAAUAAUAUUUAG